AACGUCAAACUGAGAAAAGUGGCUAUACCGCACCCAGAAAUUAUCAAUAACUUUAUUUUAUUUUCGUUUAAUAUUGUAUUAAAUACCGAAUACAGUGAAUAUAAGAAUGGGCGAUCAUCUCCCCGCUUGUGUUAUUGAUGUUGGGACCGGCUACACGAAGCUGGGAUUCGCCGGCAAUAAGGAACCACAGUUUAUCAUUCCUUCAGCCAUAGCGAUAAAAGAAACAGCAAAAGUCGGGGAUCAAAGCACACGGCGGAUGACUAAAGCUGUAGAAGACUUGGAUUUCUUUAUUGGGGACGAAGCGUUUGAUGCGACUGGAUAUUCUGUGAAGUAUCCUGUGCGCCAUGGUCUCGUCGAAGAUUGGGACCUAAUGGAAAGGUAUAUAGAGCAAUGCGUAUUCAAAUAUCUUCGAGCAGAGCCCGAGGAUCACCACUUUUUACUUACCGAACCUCCAUUGAACACUCCCGAGAAUAGGGAAUACUUAGCAGAGAUAAUGUUUGAAUCUUUUAAUGUACCGGGCUUGUAUAUCGCUGUUCAAGCCGUGCUUGCACUUGCUGCGUCUUGGAAGUCGCGUACAUCGGUCAAACGCACCUUUACAGGCAUCGUUGUGGAUAGUGGCGAUGGUGUAACCCAUAUUGUUCCAGUAGCAGAAGGUUAUGUCAUUGGGUCUUGCAUAAAGCAUAUACCUAUUGCAGGUAGAAAUAUAACCUCUUUUAUUCAAUCCCUUCUCCGUGAACGUGAAGUUGGAAUCCCACCUGAACAAAGCUUAGAAACUGCAAAAGCGAUCAAGGAGAGAUAUAGUUACAUUUGCCCAGACAUUGCAAAAGAAUUUGCAAAAUAUGAUACAGAUCCAGCGAAGUGGAUGAAAAAAUACACAGGUGUCAAUGCUAUUACUAAGAAUCCUUUUUCUGUGGAUGUUGGAUAUGAGCGUUUCUUAGGCCCUGAAAUAUUCUUCCAUCCAGAGUUCUCUAAUGCUGAUUUCACUGUGCCUCUCAAUGAAAUGGUUGAUGAAGUGAUUCAAUCAUGUCCUAUUGAUGUAAGAAGGGGAUUGUAUGGCAACAUUGUAUUAUCUGGUGGUUCAACAAUGUUCCGAGAUUUUGGAAGGAGGUUACAACGUGACAUCAAAAGAACUGUUGAUGCGAGACUGAAGUUGUCUACAAUGUUGUCUGAUGGACGUAUCACACCAACUCCGAUUGAUGUACAGGUGGUCUCCCACAAUAUGCAACGUUAUGCUGUAUGGUUUGGUGGUAGUAUGUUAGCAUCUACUCCAGAAUUUUAUCAAGUCUGCCACACUAAACAAGCAUAUAUGGAGUAUGGACCCAGCAUCUGUCGGCACAACCCUGUAUUUGGUACCAUGACAUAAUAAAAAAUAUUUUUUAGCCAGUAUUAAGUCAAUUAAACAAUGAAAUUGAUUUUAUGUUAAUGUACUAAGAGCUC